UUGGCCUGAUGCAACGCCGUGAUUGGAGGAACCCGGAUUUGUCAUUUUGGACCCGCGAAGACGGCUUGCGACGGGCGGAGGAAGUGCUGGAGCGGCUGCCAGGAUUAAAAGGAACAAAUGGAGUUUGAUGAAGUUGCAGUUUAUUUCUCGGAGGAGGAGUGGAGCUGUUUAGCUGAAGAACAAAAAGAGCUUUAUAAGGAUGUGAUGAUGGAGAAUUACCAGACCCUCAGCUCUCUAGGAUAUGUUCAUAUGAAACCUUUACUUGUUACAAAGAUUGAGCAUAGAGAGGAGCCGUAUGUGAGCAGUUUUCCAAUUACCAAAGGUGAAUUCACAAACUGCAGUAAUUCUAGUGCUGGUCAGACUGCAAAUGCUUCUUUUAGUCUUUUUAAAAAUCAAAAAAGCCACAUGGAAAAUGUAUGUUUUACUUGGAAAACAAAUCUUGUUGAUCAUCAAAAAAUGCAUACUGGAGAGAAAGCAUUUUCAUGUUCUGAAUGUGGGAAGUGUUUUACUCAGAAAUCCUCUCUUAUUAAGCAUCACAAAAUUCACACAGGAGAAAAAGCAUUUUCAUGUUCUGAUUGUGGGAAAUGUUUUACUCAGAAAUCAACUCUUAUUACGCAUCUCAAAAUUCACACUGGAGAAAAAGCAUUUUCAUGUUCCAACUGUGGGAAAUGUUUUGCUCAGAAAUCAACUCUUAUUGCGCAUCUCAAAAUUCACACUGGAGAAAAAGCAUUUUCAUGUUCUAACUGUGGGAAAUCUUUUGCUCGGAAAUCAAGUCUUAUUGAUCAUCAGAAAAUGCAUACAUUAGAGAAAAAAAAUUCAUGUUCUGAAUGUGGGAAAUGUUUUGUUCGGAAAACAAGUCUUAUUGAUCAUCAGAAAAUUCAUACAGGAGAUGAAGCACUUUCAUGUUCUGAAUGUGGGAAAAGUUUCACUCAUAAAAGAAGUCUUAUUGAUCAUCAGAAAAUUCACACAGGAGAGAAAGCAUUUUCAUGUUCUGACUGUGGGAAAUGUUUUACUUGGAAAUCAAAUCUGGUUGAUCAUCAAAAAAUACAUACAGGAGAGAAAGCAUUUUCAUGUUCUGAAUGUGGGAAGUGUUUUAAUCGGAAAUCAUCUCUUAUUAAGCAUCACAGACGUCACACAGGAGAAAAAGCUUUUUCAUGUUCUGAGUGUGGGAAAUGGUUUGUGCAGAAAUUUGAUCUUAUUAGGCAUCACAGAAUUCACACAGGAGAAAAAUCAUUUUCAUGUUCUGACUGUGGGAAAUGUUUUAAUCGGAAAUCAAAUCUUAUCGAUCAUCAAAAAACUCAUACAGGAGAGAAUGCAUUUUCAUGUUCUGAAUGUGGCAAAUGGUUUGCUAAAAAAUCAUCUCUUAUUAAGCAUCACAAAAUUCACACAGGAGAAAAAGCAUUUUUUUGUUCUGAGUGUGGGAAAUGUUUUACUUCUAAAUCAAAUCUUAUUGUUCAUCAAAAAAAACAUACAGGAGAGAAAGCAUUUGUAUGCUCUGAAUGUGGUAAAUGUUAUACUCAGAGAUCAUCUCUUAAUACACAUCAAAAAAUUCACAAAGAAAAAGAAUUUUCAUGUUCUGUGUGUGGGAAAUGUUUUACUCAGAAAUCAACUUUUAUUACGCAUCAAAAAACUCACACAGGAGAAAAAGCAUUUUCAUGUUCUGAGUGUGGGAAAUCUUUUACUUGGAAACCAAAUUUUAUUAGGCAUCAGAAAAUUCAUACAGGAGAGAAAGCAUUUUCAUGUGCUGUCUGUGGGAAAGGUUUUACUCGGAAAAUGGAUCUUAUUAAUCAUCAGAAAAUUCAUACAUGAAAGAAAGCAUUUUCAUGUUUUCACUUUUAUUCAGAAAUCGCAUCUUAUUAGACAUCAAAAACUUAAUAUUAAAAGAAAUCAGAGCUUAAACUCUUAAGUGCAGAGACAAAGUCAUCAUCCGUACAAUGUCUAAAAUGCUGGUGAUGAUUCUGGUCCUCUGGU